AAGGAACUAUUCUGUAAGUUUUAAAAAUAAGUUAGAGUUAAGUUCUCUGAUAACCAGAAGAGAUUCGCCGUUGUGUUCUCUGUGGAAUCCCCACAGUARUGAGACUAUCUAAGAUGAUGAUGCUUGCUUGGUAUAUCCUAGUUUUUGGGUGGUUUUACACUCAGAAUGGAGCUCGAGGUCAAUGUCCAGCAUAUGCACCCAAUAUCAUGGUAAAACAUGGCUGGCGUAUGUACGGACAUKUUAUGACCUGGCUGUAUGCUGAAGAGGAGGUUCUUUGUAGACUCAAAUGCAAUUUGAACGAGAAGUGCUUAACAUUUAAUUACGAGGAAAAAACCAAGAUAUGUGAAUUGAACGAUGAUGAUGAUGAAAGGCACCUUCAAAAAACUCAAGGUUUCAUCUAUGUUGAUGUGAAGAAGAUAAAAAAGUCUGCAGUUUCUAGCACCAAUAUUGCUCCAGCUGCAACCAGGCCAGGAAYUGUCGCUAGUACCAGUACCACGCCAACAASUAGCAUCAGUACUAUUCAAKCAUCCAAGACGAGCACUGGUAUUAGUACUACCCAUGCCACUAGUGCCAUUACCGCUCAACCUGCCAGAACAGUUCUUAUUAACAGUAUUACUCCUACAAGUAGCUAUAGUUCAAGUGCUAUUCAACCUUUCAGCAGAGUUACUAGUACUAGUGCCAUUCCCCCUACAACCAGACCAGGUAGGUAA